GCUCCGCUGCUGCCGCCUCCGGACUCGCGCGGUGCGGCUGCUGCUCUGAGAAGGAGGAGGAGGAGGAGGCGGAGGAGGAGGAUUCCGCCGGAUCCCGGAGCAGCUGUAAACAUGGCGACCGAGGGGCUGCUGCUCACCAACCACGAGCACCAGAUCCGAGUGGGGGUGCUGACAGUGAGUGAUAGCUGUUUCCGGAACCUUGCAGAAGAUAGAAGUGGGAUAAACCUUAAAGACCUGGUCCAAGAUCCUUCACUAUUGGGAGGAACAGUAUCUGCAUACAAGAUAGUACCCGAUGAGGUUGAUGAAAUCAAGGAAACUCUCAUAGAAUGGUGUGAUGAUAAAGAAUUGAACCUUAUUUUAACUACUGGGGGAACUGGGUUUGCCCCAAGAGAUGUAACUCCAGAGGCCACAAAGGAGGUGAUAGAAAGGGAGGCUCCUGGAAUGGCACUAGCGAUGCUAAUGGGUUCAUUGAAUGUCACUCCACUGGGGAUGCUAUCUCGACCUGUAUGUGGAAUAAGGGGCAAAACUCUGAUUAUUAAUCUGCCUGGUAGCAAGAAAGGUUCACAGGAAUGCUUCCAGUUUAUACUUCCUGCCCUACCUCACGCUAUUGACUUAUUGCGGGAUGCAAUUGUGAAAGUGAAAGAAGUUCAUGAUGAACUGGAGGACCUCCCAUCUCCUCCACCCCCAUUGUCUCCACCCCCUACCACCAGCCCACAUAAACAGACAGAAGACAAAGGAGUUCAAUGCGAAGACGAAGAGGAAGAGAAGAAAGACAGUGGAGUAGCUUCAACCGAAGAGAGUUCAUCCUCGCACAUUACUGCAGCAGCCAUAGCAGCCAAGUUGCCUGUAUUUUCCUGUCAUAGUGCUGAUAGUUGUGUUGUACAUCAGAACUUCCAACUUGUACACAGUCCCGCUCCUGUCAUGGCUAAAGGUGGUAAACCUGUCCCUGGUUUCAUUGGUCAUCACUCUCAUACUGCCAUCAGUGCAGGAGAGCCGCAUUUUUUAUACUUUCAGAUCCCAGACUCGAUCAUUUCUCGUGGUGUCCAAGUCCUUCCACGAGACAAUGCAUCGCUGAGCACAACUCCAUCGGAAUCACCACGCGCUCAAGCUACAUCACGUCUGUCCACAGCUUCUUGUCCGACACCAAAACAACUUCGAAGGGCGGAUGAAGCGAAAGGAGUUGCUAGUAGAGGCGGAUCUCUCAAACUCCAUCGAAAGCUGGAGGAGCUCAGAGAUCAGCUAGAAGGAAAUGUGAAAGGAGGCUCUCUCAAACUCCACCAUAGGUUGGAAGGGCUUAAAGAUGAACUCAGAAGGCAUAGAGGAUACAACUCGCGAGUCCAGUCACGAUGCAGCAGCAAGGAAAAUAUCCUGAGAGCCAGCCACAGUGCAGUUGACAUCAGCAAGGUAGCACGACGGCACCGCAUGUCUCCAUUUCCCUUAACUUCGAUGGACAAAGCCUUCAUCACCGUGUUGGAGAUGACCCCAGUUCUUGGCACUGAAAUAAUCAACUAUCGAGAUGGCAUGGGUCGAGUCUUAGCGCAGGAUGUGUUUGCAAAAGACAACUUGCCACCUUUUCCAGCAUCAGUGAAGGAUGGAUAUGCUGUGCGAGCGGCUGAUGGACCUGGUGACAGAUUCAUUAUUGGUGAAUCACAGGCAGGCGAACAGCCCACCCAAACAGUGAUGCCUGGUCAGGUGAUGCGGGUAACCACAGGGGCUCCAAUACCUUGUGGCGCAGAUGCAGUUGUGCAGGUUGAAGAUACAGAGCUCAUUAGGGAAUCAGACGAUCAUGAUGUACUUCUAAUCAUGGGCACAGAAGAGCUGGAAGUAAGGAUUCUGACACAGGCCCGCCCAGGCCAAGACAUCAGACCAAUAGGCCAUGAUAUAAAAAGAGGAGAAUGCGUUCUGGCUAAAGGUACCCACAUGGGCCCUUCUGAAAUUGGCCUUCUAGCAACAGUUGGAGUUACUGAAGUUGAAGUUCACAAAUUUCCUGUGGUUGCUGUGAUGUCUACAGGAAAUGAACUCCUGAAUCCUGAGGACGAACUAACACCAGGAAAGAUUCGGGACAGCAAUCGUUCGACCCUUCUCGCAACAAUUCAGGAACAUGGUUAUCCAACUAUCAACCUGGGAAUUGUUGGAGAUAACCCUGAUGACCUGCUGAAUGCUCUCAAUGAAGGGAUAAGUCGUGCUGAUAUCAUCAUUACUUCGGGGGGUGUAUCCAUGGGAGAAAAGGAUUACCUGAAGCAGGUGUUGGACAUUGACCUACAUGCCCAGAUCCAUUUCGGCAGAGUCUUCAUGAAACCUGGCCUCCCAACAACCUUUGCAACUUUGGAUAUCGAUGGCAUCAGAAAAAUCAUCUUUGCACUGCCAGCGGGCGCGGUAGAGGCUGAUGGUGACGUAGGAUCUGAAGGAAAUCCAGUGUCAGCAGUUGUUACCUGCAAUCUCUUUGUAAUCCCCGCACUGAGGAAAAUGCAGGGAAUCCUUGAUCCUCGACCCACCAUCAUCAAAGCCAGGUUAUCCUGUGAUGUGAAGCUCGAUCCACGGCCUGAAUAUCAUCGCUGUAUUCUGACUUGGCACCACCAGGAACCACUGCCUUGGGCACAGAGCACUGGGAAUCAAAUGAGUAGUCGUCUGAUGAGUAUGCGUAGUGCCAAUGGACUGUUGAUGCUACCUCCAAAGACAGAGCAGUAUGUGGAGCUCCAUAAGGGUGAAGUGGUAGAUGUCAUGGUGAUUGGAAGACUAUGAUGUCGUCACAAAAGCUGCGUCGGUGCAUGUCUACAUAAUUAUUGACUGUAUCCUGUAAUAUGGAACAGCACAGCUACUUUUUAAUGAUUUGGAUAAAAUUGACCAGUGUCGUUGACAUCUUGAAUUAAUUUCAAAAUUAAAUCAGAUUAAGUAAAAUGAAAUGAGAGGGAGUAAUAAUGUAUUGAAUCCAUUCUGUAUCAUACUCAGAGCAAAGUUUCUCUUUCAUGACAAUUGCUUUGUGUGCUUAAUGCUAGGUCUAAUAGCAGUAGCUUUUGAUAGACAGCGGUAGGUGCCUGCUAAACUUGUGUUCUCUCAUCUUCAGAUACAGAUACUUAUGCUACUAGCAAGGCUGUCUGCUUACUUUAUACCAGCUUAGAUAAACACAGCUAUUAUCCUUAUUAGUACGCAACAUAAUUGCUUCACAAAGAGCUUUGCUUGUUCUUUAUCUUGUAUCUUGUGUUCAUGUGCUCAGUGCCAAAAACAGAGUGGCUGGAGUGGACUGGUUUGGUAUUUUGCCCUUUCAGUGCCAUCGACUGGGAAAUUUCUCAGCAGCCUUCUGUCUCAGCUGACCACCUAGUUGGACAGGAAUUGGAAAUCUUUCAUUUGAAAAAAGAAAUUGCUCCCUUAAGUGCUGACAGCCUUUUUACCAAUUUAAAAAAAGUGUACAGUAAUACAAAGAUUGAUAUUGUACAGAUAAUAGUGUACCAGCAAUCAUGGUAAUUCCUAGCAAAGACAAACAUUUAACAACACUGUACCAUAACAUUUUCUGUAAUGAUAUUAAAUAUUAAUUAAAAUCCUUGAUCAUUAUUGAAAUUUA